GGGGAAAGUUGAACAUAAAGACUGCACCAGGUUAAAACAACCAUCCUGGCUCUCGCCAAAGAUAAUAAGAAAACACAACCAUCGACUCCCACAUAUCCCAUUGUUUAAUUUGUACAUUAACAGUACCCAAAAUCCGCCUGAUCACUUAGAAACAGAAAAAAAUGACUUUGUUAAAGAUCAUAUUGCCAAAGUUGACCAUUAUAACCAAACGCUUAGAUUAUUUGUGAACGAUAAGUGCAUUUAGCUCAGAUGACUUACUGUACUUCAAACUUUGCAUGUUUCUCAAAGUGAAUUCCAGCUAAAGGAAAGUCUCUGUCUUAAGGUCACGACCUUUAGUGAUGUAAGGAAGGCUUACUUUCUCUUCAUAAAACAUGCACUGAAGUACAGUGAGCAAUCCUGAUGUCAUUGGGGGUAAGGCAGUGAACAAAUUACUCCAAUUAAACUGGAUUCAUAUCACAGACUUAUCACAACCACCGCCGCAGUGAAAACACAGUCGUGUUCAAUGGGCUGAGAGGGGCUGCGAGGGCUCCUCCAAAUCUCCUUGUUGUUUUAUGCUUUUCUUCCACGGGGAUCAUGGGGAGGGAAAAAAUCCAAUUUGCCCAUUAAUCUCAUCUGGUCAGGGUCUCCGGACCUCCAGAUCCACCCGGGCCAGAUCAAAGAUGGAGGAAACCCUGUGUGACAGUGGUACAGAUUUCCCCGGGAGACUUCAAAAAGACUGCGAUAGAUAAUCCAAUUGAAAUGGACACAUCACCUUAAGGUGCCGCUUUGGGAGAAUCUGGGCCCAAUUUUUUCCUCUUCCUCAUUUUUUUUUUUCCUUUGUCCAUCAUUCCUGAGUUAUUAGUUAGACUGAGUGAUGGUUUGAAUAAGACUGUAAAAUAACAAUGCGUCACCCUUUGAGAAUCAGAAAUAUUUGGCACCUGUGCGUCAGAUGGGAAUGGCAAUGGGCGCUCACCUCUGAAGUAGCCCAGCCUAUAAUCCAAAGUUUUUUUAAAGGCCUUAAUCGACACAGAAGUUUGAACACACAGAAACAGAGAAGUUUACCCACAGACACUAUCUGGGGUGACAGGGGAAACUGUCCUGUGUGGGUGGACAAUGGAAACCAUCAUGUCAUUUAAUCAAAUCUGUGUCCGAAAUCCCGAAAUAUUUGACAAGUUAAAAAAAAAAAAAAAACUUCGUAACUUCGGGGAUGAAAAGUAACUCUUCUGCCAAGUUUGUGUCCCCUGAAUUUGAAUGUUAGCGGCCUUGUAGCUACCCCCCACCCCCACCGCGACCCCCUCCGGUGACCGGCCGUCAUUGGCUGAUGCCGCGGCACGGAAUCCUCCCAUGACCGGCUCCGUCCCUGAACGCGUCGGCGCUGCGCGAGUCCGAGCCGCGGAGCUCCGGUCUGGACGCGGGCCAGAGCCUGUCUGGUGUCAAACCAGCCUGAACAGAUACUCGCAGACAUCUCAUUCCUGAGCCGGGACUCUGCCCACCCCCCCUCGUGUAAAGCAAUUUAAACCUGAUAGGACAUCAUCUGCGUGUCUCCACUAAGAGUCUCCGCCGGACUCUCCCCCUCGCAGGCACUCAUCCGCCGCGCGCCCCGAGCCGCCUGCGCAUGGCUCCGUCCCGCAGACCUCCGUCCACCACUUGUCCCGUGGUGCAUUUUUAACCCAAGCUUGUCUUUUUUUUUCUCCCCCCCUUUAUUGAGCACGUUUGUGAUUUCUCUAAUGUUUCAUAGUUUUAUUUCAAAGGUGGAAAUGCUCCGUCCAGAUCCAUAAAGGACCAACCAAUGGUUAAUAUGAACUUAUUGCCAAGUGGAAUAUGUUUUUAUCUAUCCGUAGCAAUCUGCUGGCUGACGGCCGAGAUCGAUGCUUCCUGGUGCUUGCAGGCUUUCAGUCUCCCACCCAGUCUUUCAUCAUGUUGCUCUGCAGGUACAUGGGCAGCCUGGGCUCCCAGGUGAUGUGCGACAACAUCCCGGGUCUCGUGAACAAGCAGCGCCAGCUGUGCCGCCAGCACCCCCGAGUGAUGCAGGCCAUCGGUGCUGGGAUGAAGGACUGGAUAUCCGAGUGCCAGCAUCAGUUCCGCAGCCACCGCUGGAACUGCAACACCACGGCGAGGGACCACAACCUGUUCGGACGCCUGCUGCUGCGCAGCAGCCGCGAGGUAGCCUUUGUGUACGCCAUCUCCUCGGCCGGCGUGGUCUACACGUUGGCGCGAGCCUGCAGCCAAGGCGAGCUGGACUCCUGCUCCUGCGAUCCCACGAAGAAGGGCUCAUCGCGGGAUGCCAAGGGCUCCUUCGACUGGGGCGGCUGCAGUGACCACGUGGAGCACGCCAUGCACUUCAGCCAGGGCUUCGUGGACGCCAAGGAGAAGAAGGAGAGGGACGCCCGGGCACUCAUGAACCUGCACAACAAUCGGGCCGGCAGGAAGGCGGUGAGGCGCUUCAUGACUCUGGAGUGCAAGUGUCACGGCGUCAGCGGCUCGUGCAGCGUUCGAACCUGCUGGCUUGCCAUGGCUGACUUCCGACGCACCGGCGACCACCUACGGAAGCGGUACAACGGCGCGGUGCAGGUCGCCGUUAACCAGUACGGCACCGGAUUCACCGCAGCGCACGCACACUUCAAGCGGCCCAGCAAGAAUGACCUGGUGUACUUCGAGGACUCACCGGACUACUGCAUCCGGGACCACGAGUCAGGGUCGACGGGCACCGGAGGGCGGAUCUGCAACCGGACGUCCCGAGGGGUGGACAGCUGCGAGGUGAUGUGCUGCGGCCGGGGUUACGACACGUCGCGGGUCAGCCGGACCACCAAGUGCGAGUGCAAGUUCCACUGGUGCUGCGCCGUGCGCUGCCGCGACUGUCACCAGCAAGUCGACGUGCACACCUGCAAAGGCCAGACGUGACCUUGACGCCGCCGCCGCCGAACACUUCUGAGCGCUCACGCCGAGUCACGCCGCUGCCGCUUUGCAUGUCAUAGGUGACAGACGGAGGAAACACCCACUGAUCGCCUGUCAAUCAAACAGUAGGUAGUUUGGAUUUCUGUAGGAUGUUUUCUUUUAACGGCUGAUGACGCAGCUCCACAGCAGUUUAUUCCAAACAGCACAUCUCAUCUUUCGGUUUGAUGAUGAAUUUCCCAGACUGACGGUAGAUGGUAGGUUAAAUGCAGAGUAGUUAUCAGUGCGUGUAUUUAAAUUUUUUUAACUAAAAACAUAAUAUCAGUCUGGUUCCAUCCAGACCGAGAUUUCCUACAGCAGAAAUGAUCAGGUGUAGAAUUUGAUCUGGUGGAUCAAGUUCUUAGUCUUUCAAAAAAAGCGAUCCAGCCCUGAGGACUGACCAAAGAUAGCUUGAAAAUAUAUCUUAAGUUAUGUAAUCUAUUGUAGUGUUGUCAAAUCUGUUGCCAGGGCACCUCGUCCCCUCCUGUGUCGUCCUUUGAGAAUUUCAAGCUUUUUUGACAAUUUGAUGCAAAGCAGAACUAAAAUUCUGCAAACAAACCAGUCACCAACGUCAAAGACUCCAAGUGUCUUCACUGUCUGCUUGUUCUGAUGAUCGCAGGAUCAAUUCUCUCUCGCUUCACUUGGUAGGAUUAAAAUUCAUUUCUUUUUUUUAGUGGCACCUUCCAUUUUUAUCAGCAGCCGUCACUGCUGAGUGUUUUCCUUCAGUACGUUGUCAGUUUUUAAUUUUGAACUCUAUGAUGCACAUGAAUGACUUUUGUUCUCAUUAGAGGAGCAAAAAGAAAAAUGCCUGUUCGUGUCACCUAACACCAGAGUGUGAGGCGUCCACAUGCACCACGAUAGAACAUCUCUGUUCAAACAAAGGUUAUGCGACCAAUAGAUAGUUAAAACACUAUAAUGUAUUGGUAAUUGGUAAACAGAUACUGUAUGUGCUUUCAUAUUUGUUAACAGGAAGUGGGAGCCAACAGGAUAAUACAUGAGGACGUAGUAUGAAAUAAAAACGUCUUCAUAGACGUUAAAUGUGGCUGUGGCUGAACUCUUCAGUCUAAAGAAUCAAAUAUCUUUUUCUUUGCCAGUUAUCAGAGCAACGGAGUAUUUUGUUGGUUAAUAAGUACCGUAUACGUUGAAGUGUGGCUACAGUGUGAUUGACAGCUAGUACGGUCCAGGGCGAUCUGGAGCUGCAGGGUUUAAAUCCCUCUGUCGUCUGAACAGCUGCUGUAAAAAGCUUUAAGAUUUAUAUCACACAAAGUGAAGAGGGACGAUAUGUCAAGUGGUGACUUCGAUUGGAGUCUGUAACCUUGUGUGACAUGCACAACCAGAUACAGAAACGAGUUCAUCUUCCUUUAAACGCAGACACAGCUUGUUCAUAGUUAACUUAGAGAGCACAGUGUCUGUUUUUGUGUAAAUAGAAAUCAGAUCUUUAGUGUAUGUAGCCAUUAACCGACAGCAGGAUUGCACAUAUUACACCGUAAACCUAAUUGUUGUACCACUUCCUGCCGUGCGAGCAAAUCACAGCCGUCACACACUCUUCAGCUUCAACUAAGAGGUGACCUGUUCGUUUGUUUUCUACAUGUGCUCCGUUAGAGAAUAAAACAUUUUAAUAAUCUGUCCAGAAUCAUCGUACACAUCAAUAUCAAGAGCAUGGGAAAUUCAAGUUUAGUAGAAUCUUUUUUUUUUUUCUUUUACUACAAAUCAAGAAAUUGAACUGGUCAGUUCUAAAUACAGGCUAUUGUUGGAUUUUUGGAGGACCUGUAUUUUUUCUACCACACCUACUGUACCUGGAAUAGCAGAGAUAAUAUGUUUAAGUUUCUGAAAUGACGUAGUCUGAGAAGUAAACGACAGGUUAAGAGCCACUCUGGUCCUUUAGAAACAAACAGCAGCUAGUGGACGCAGGUUCAACUCUUCUUCUGACUGCGGAGAGACGUACGGUUGUGGAUAAAAAAAUCAUAAAUCCAGAUGUAUGAGGGAUAAGUGAAGGAUUCCACAGUCAACAGUCCAACACUCAAACUUACCUUGUUGUUUUCUGAUGAUCGGUGGUUUGUUUAGACACGGAGUGAAUCAAAGCGGCAGGAAGAAGCUGGCUUGCAGCAAUACACAAAAAGUCCUUUAUUGUAUUUUUUUGUCUUUUCACUUUUUUAAUGAUGGCAAUUUAUCACCUCUUUUUGUACAACAAAAGAACAGCUGUAAAUGAUUGAAAACCCCCCAAAAAAUGCAAACAUAUCAAAUAAAGUCAAAACCUAAUUCUGGA